AGCCGUUGAUGCGUUUUUGUAGAUACAGAAGGAACAUCCAAAGCUGCACCCGCCUUAAACCACUGGCGAGUCGCUGCGACAGAUAAAGCUAAACGGUAAGGCGUGCGUGGAGUGGAAGAAGAUGAGCGUUUCGCAUUUCGCUGUUCUAUCGUGUUGUCGUCCACUUUUCGUCCCUUCACUGUCCCGUGCUUCAACGCUCCGUUCUCGCAUAUGCUGUUGUACUACUCUCACUGCUACCUCCACAGAGACUCCAACUCCAACCACCGUAAAGAAACGAGUAGUGUCGGGGGUUCAGCCCACGGGCUCAAUUCACCUUGGAAACUAUUUUGGAGCAAUCAAGAAUUGGGUUGCCCUUCAGAAUGUGUAUGAAACACUUUUCUUCAUUGUGGACCUGCACGCGAUUACAUUACCAUAUGACACCCAACAAUUAUCUAAGGCUACAAGGUCAACUGCUGCUAUUUACCUAGCAUGUGGAGUGGAUCCUUCCAAGGCCUCAGUAUUUGUACAGUCUCAUGUUCGCUCACAUGUAGAAUUGAUGUGGCUGCUAAGUUCCACAACACCGAUUGGUUGGCUGAACAAGAUGAUACAGUUUAAAGAGAAAUCUCGCAAGGCGGGAGAUGAAGAAGUGGGGGUUGCUCUUUUGACUUAUCCUGUUCUGAUGGCUUCUGAUAUACUUCUAUAUCAGUCUGAUCUUGUCCCUGUUGGUGAAGAUCAAAAGCAGCAUUUGGAGUUGACUCGAGACUUAGCUGAGCGGGUUAAUAAUUUAUAUGGAGGGAGAAAGUGGAAGAAAUUAGGGGGCCGAGGUGGUACUAUAUUUAAGGUUCCAGAGCCCCUUAUACCUCCAGCUGGUGCCAGGAUAAUGUCGCUUACGGAUGGCCUGUCCAAGAUGUCGAAGUCUGCACCUUCUGAUCAAUCCAGAAUCAACAUUCUUGAUCCUAAAGAUCUUAUAGCAAACAAGAUCAAACGUUGCAAAACUGAUUCAUUUCCAAGCUUGGAAUUUGACAACUCUGAGAGGCCUGAAUGUAACAAUCUUCUUUCCAUAUACCAGCUUGUUUCAGGAAAGGCGAAAGAGGAAGUUGUUCUGGAAUGCCAAAAUAUGAACUGGGGAACUUUCAAAACCCUUUUGACAGAUGCCUUGAUUGAUCACUUACAUCCCAUUCAGGUUCGCUAUGAGGAAUUCAUGUCCGAUUCAGGUUAUUUAGAUGAAGUAUUGGCACAAGGUGCUAGAAAUGCAGCAGAAAUAGCAGAUGCCACACUUGAUAAUGUUUAUCAAGCAAUGGGAUUUUUGAGGAGAAAGUGAUAAUUGAUACCAAAUGAAUUAAUAUCGCGAUACAGCAACUUAAAAGCUAACUUAUGGACGAUCGUGACCGGCUUCAGGAUUUUUUGGCGUAAUCUUGUGAACGUAUACUUGGCUACUGGAAGUUGAAAUAUUAUUUUUUAGAUAAUAUUUUAUACAAAGCCUAAAGGUCUCAUAAGUUCUUGAUGAAAUUUGUUAUUGCCUUCAUUUUAUUUUAUUUUUUCUAUCUCUAUCUCUUCCAUUAUUUACUUGUAUUUUACAGUGAAUUCAAAUUGUCAUUGUAUUGUAUUUGAUGGAAUCAUGACCCAGUCAUCUUAACUCUAUUAUCAUCAAGUUCUCAUGAUGAUUGAUGG